AUGGCCUUCAAGCUAUACAACAUUUUGUUCAAGAGAAAUUCAGUUUUUGUUGGUACUAUCUUUGCCUCCGCUUUCGUUUUCCAGGCUGUUUUUGAUAACGCUGUUACAUCGUGGUAUGAGUCCCACAACAAAGGUAAAUUGUGGAAGGAUGUGAAGCUAAAAUUGAUGGACUCUGCAGAUGACGAUGACGAAGACGAUGAAUGA